ACUUCUCACUGCUGUCCAUCUCUCCUCCUGAGGUCACCUUGGCUUCACUGGCAAUCUAGCAGGCUGUGUGUUGGUGCUUCAACUUACUGCAAUCAUGACUGGCAGGAAAUUUUUCGUCGGUGGAAACUGGAAGAUGAACGGCGAUAAGAAAAGCCUUGGAGAGCUCAUCAACACUCUGAACAGCGCUACACUCAACGCAGACACCGAGGUGGUCUGUGGUGCUCCUUCCAUUUACCUCGACUUUGCCAGGUCCAAGCUCGAUGCUAAAAUUGGCGUGGCCGCGCAGAACUGCUACAAGGUUGCCAAGGGUGCCUUCACUGGAGAGAUCAGCCCUGCGAUGAUUAAGGACUGUGGUGUGGAGUGGGUGAUUCUGGGACAUUCUGAGCGGCGUCACGUGUUUGGAGAGAGUGAUGAGCUGAUUGGCCAGAAGGUAGCUCAUGCUCUCGAGACUGGCCUAGGUGUGAUCGCUUGUAUUGGGGAGAAGUUGGACGAGAGAGAGGCUGGCAUCACCGAGAAGGUUGUCUUCGCACAGACCAAAGCCAUCGCAGACAACGUUAAGGACUGGAGUAAGGUAGUGGUUGCUUAUGAGCCUGUAUGGGCCAUCGGCACUGGCAAAACUGCAUCGCCACAACAGGCUCAGGAAGUGCAUGAUAAACUCAGGCAGUGGAUCAGUGCCAACAUUUCUGAGGCUGUUGCUAACUCUGUUAGGAUCAUUUAUGGAGGCUCAGUUACUGGGGCAACCUGCAAGGAGCUGGCAGCCCAGAAAGAUGUGGAUGGCUUCUUGGUGGGAGGAGCUUCACUGAAGCCAGAGUUUGUUGAGAUAAUCAACGCCAAAGCAUAAAAGAAACUUGAAACAGAGUAGCUGAGGAACAACUGGCACUAACUAUGCCCAUUUCACCACCAUUCUAGUCCUAGCAUAAAGCACUUGCGUCCCAUUCAAACGAAAUCUUUAUUUCCACCUCUUCCCAAGUAUUUUUGUGCUGUUGCUGCAUCAGUUUGCUUUUAAUUUGUGCAUUAUGUAUUGUCCUUGAAAGAGAUGAUUUAGUCUUGAUGUGAUUGGCACUUAAAGUGAAGGCAGUAUUAUCGUACUGAAAGGAGAUGAUGUUAACUCUCCAUACUAAUGAUAAAACUACCUACCUGGAUUAGAGGAAUUAGCACUGGGAUUUUAGGCCUUGCCUUUACAUGACAAUGUUUACCAAAUCUUUUUGUGCAUAUACUGUCACGUUUAUGGCAAAGAGCUAAUAACUGUGUAUUGCACAAGUCGGUAGAAUUCCCUCUUAUUGUAUGUUCUGUGACUUAAAUUAAUAAUGCAUCAAAUGCUCUCUGGCCACUGUGUCUAGAAGCUGUUCAUGAUGUGUCAUAACCAGGCACUAUAAGGUUAAUGCAAGUAAGAAACUUGUAAUAAAUGUUUGAGAGUAGAACAAA